GGUUAAUCUGCCUUUAAAAAAAAAAAAAAAAGAGUUGUGUUCUUGGAAUUGGGUUACCAGAUAGUAAGUGGUGUUCUGGCUGGUUUUAUUCCAGCUUGACACAGCUGGACUCAUCUGGGAGAAAGGAAGCUCAACUGAGAAAAUGUGUCCCCCUCCCCACAAGAUCUGGUUGUAUGCAGGUCUGAAGGGACCGAGAAAGGCACUGGGUGAGUCAUGGGAGCUCCCUUUCUGGGUUGGGAAGAAUGUACGGACCAGAAGAUGGGGGACGGUGGUGGGAGCUGUGAAAUGUUUUGUAAGUGCCAUGUGGCAGUGACAAGGUGAGCCCACGGUAUAGAACCAAGGGAAAGAGAAACAGGAAACAGCGUCCUCGAGUGUCUGAGCCACUCUGUCAUCUCUCUCCUUCGGACCACCCCCAACCAUCCUGUCCCAGCCAUUUAAAAUCCAAUGCCUAGCAGUCCAAAGCACCUAGUCAGGACUGUUGGGAACCCUUUGUCACUUUUCUGAAGCAGAGAAAAAGAGAGAGAGAAAGUCUGCCAGCCAGGCAGAGUCAAGACAGCCUGGGGCCUGCUAAGCCAUGGACACGGACUGAUAAGGAGGUGCACCUGAGGCUCGGGGCUAGGGACUGAAGAUUCUGAUGAUCUGGGUGAAAGGAACAGAGGGUUUUGUGUGUGUGUGUGUGUGUGUGUGUGUGUGUGUGUGUGAGAGAGAGAGAGAGAGAGAGAGAGAGAGAGAGAGAGAGAUAACAAAAAUCCUGUGUAUAUUUUUGCACAAGCUGCUAGCUCGUGGCUUUACUUCCCAGGGUACUAAAAUAUAAGUGCUGUUGGUGUUGCUGUGCUGUUGGUGAGGUAAUGACCUGAGACCCUCCCUUGCCUGUCUGUUGCCUCUCUUUUCUGUCUUUCCUAUGAUCAGCUUCCUAUGUCAACAUAUUCGGGAGACAAAGAAGCUGAAAUGUAUAAAGUCCUUAACCCCGUAGUGUCUGAGGCUCUAGCCGUUGGGCGGGGAAUCUUCUGGUUGCCUAGGUGGCGACGAAAUAAACCUCACCCCGGAAGCAAAGUGUCCCAACCUCUCCUCUGUCCAGGUGUCCAUGACAACAGCAGCUCUACCUGUCAGAGUCCAAGAAUCUCUGAAGAACGAUACCCCAGACUCCAAUACUGUGCAAAAGCCAAGAGCAGUUCUUCAUUUCCUGCAUGUUGAGGUCCGUCUCCCCAUUUGGGAAUGGAGACCUCUGGUGGAAUCACAGGCUCAGCUUUUAUUGUCUGUUAGGGGAAUUCCAGGGAGGGCUGCAUUCACUUUUACCUUGAUUGGUCAGCACUAUCCCUGGGGGUCUGAGUGAUUCUACAAUCGGUAGAAUUCUAGCUACCUAUUCUUGCUUCAAGCCAGAUGACAAGGUGUCCUCGGAUUGGCUGCCUGAGGCGGUGGUUGGCUGACCACAGGUUCCUGGAUCCAGGUUCUUGUUUCUGGAAAACAGAAACUUAGGCCUAGUCUCCCAAACUGCCAGUUUGCAACCUGUCGUGGAGUCAGCCUGGCUCUGGAUGACUUGGUUCUUGAAUCCCCCCCCCCCCCCGGGCCUCCCUCCGAUCUGUUACCAGAUCAAAUCAUUGAUUUGUCAGGGUUUUACCUGCCUUGGUCCUAGUCGUUGGCCAAGGGGUCAAUUAGGACCUAAGAAUGGUAGGUUAUUGCCAAAACGUGGGCCUUUCUGACUUAGCAUCUUGGCCUGUAAAGUGGAGUAAUGGAUGUUGUCUUUUGGUGGCCCACAGAGGCUGAGAUGCUAGUCAAAGGCUGGGCGGUGGGGCGCUUAUCAGAAGUGUCUGCUUAGAUGAUCCAGUUGAAAGACAGGAGACCGUCGCAGUGACUGGACUGGUUAAUAUCAGCUUUCAGCAAGCCAGACUGUAGCAGCUUACGUCCUCAGGUGCUCUGUGGACAGAGUCUGUCAGUAUCAGUCAGGUGAAAAUCUGCUGAGACAAACAUAGACUGGGGACAGAAGUUAAAACAGUCUAAGACCAAAAGGGGAGGGAGGAUUCUAUUUUUAAGGACAAGUUCGAGAAUUUAUCUGGAGUUCAUUUAAUCUGUGGCAGGCAGGUCUAAGUCUUGGAUUUCCAGAAGCUCAAGUGGACUUUAGUUUUACAAAAGGAUGUAUUAGAGUCCAUAUUUUAGAAAAAGCAGUUAGCAUGUGUCUGUAAGACAACAGAAGUAGAUCCGUGCCUUUGAGACUCAGUAAAAUUACAGGUUUGGGUCAAAGGGAGUGGGGACCCCCCCCCAGUCUAGAGGGUGGAUAUACGGAUUGAACAGAGAUGUUAUCUAAGCGUGACAAGAAGCAUCUUCAGAUCUGUACUCGUUAGACAACCAAAGGGAGUUUAAAAUCUUGAGCUUAGGACUGAACUGUAAACUGCCAGUGUUCCGUUAGCUUAUCAGAACUCCAUUGAUCGGUGUUGAAACUUGGAAUUUUCAAGAUACCAGUGCCACAAUAGCACAGGCCAGGGAAAGAAACCUGGAAUGAUUUUCAAUUUUUUAAGACAUCUUUGAUCAUUUCUAUACUCCUUGGACAUUCUGAAUCUUGCCCUUUUUCUGUCUGGUCAUUUGUCAUGAGACAUGGGUCGUUAUCGAGAGCAAGUUACUGCCCAGCGAGUUUACAUAAGGGAACAGUGAAACGCCAAGUCAUUUGAAGCCUGUGGUUCGUGAAGCAAACCUGCUUGCCUUUCUUAAAACAAAAGGCCCAGCAGUUUUAACUGAUAAAUUUGCCGGCGAAGAAACAAUGGUAGUGGGUUAUUUUGACAUGAGGAGCCGUUAAGUUACAAGUAGCUGCCCACGCGAUCAGAGGAUUUGAAGAAGGAUAAAUUAAGACGACAGAGUCUGGUCCUUACGCUGUCGCCCAGCCAGUUACCCCAGGCUCCUGCGUCUCUAUGGCACCCAGGGCAGAGGCAGGCAGUCUUGGGCCGUCAGGUCCGUCAGGUCGGGAAGGCAAAAAGGCUUUUCCUGUGGAGGAGGAACAUGGGAGGGGCUGACCUCGCCUCGGCUACAGCACCGCGUGCGCGUGCGCGGUGAUCAGUUCUCCUCUGUCCGCAGAGCAGGCCCGGCCCUGGUGGCAGGCGAGGCAUUGGGGCAGUUAAGCCCCAUGGUUAUCACACCACAAUCCAGAUGGUGUCCUCUACCGCUGCGCCCACCUCUUCUUGGAGACCUUGGGAGUCCGGUAAGUUCACACUUCCUCAGUGCCGCUUUCGGCAGAUCUCUAACAGUUAUGACUAACGGCCAGUAUUGACCUACCUCAUAUGCGUCUGAGUUGAACAAUCUUUGUCUGUUCCAAACUGCCCCUUGCAAACAUAGGAGACCAAAUAAAACGUCAAUUUACGAUGAACUGCAUCAGUGCUUAGCCUAUCGUUCCCGUUGAAUCGGAGCCUGAGAAGUCAGUUUUGAAUUGAAGCUUUUUUAGUAUUAAUUUAAAACUUUUUAACCCAAAAACCUAUUUGAUAAGGAAACUUAAAUAAUGGAACAUUAGAGUUUUCCGUAUGGUUCAGUUUUAGACUGAAACCACUGUCCGGACAGGGAAAGGAUUUUUAAAAAGCUGGGUCUGAGAGAACUGGUGCUGGGCUGCUGGAGCCUUGCCAGAACUCAGGAAAACUGAAAGGAAGGAUGCCUUCCGGGUGGGGUAGGGAGCGGGGGCUGCCUGCCUGUUGCCUCCUCAGUUCAUUACUGCAAGUGAAGGGCUUCAAGAGCGACAAUCAGACCAAACUGAGGCUGGCAUUCCCAGGGAACCUGAAGAUGUCGUUUCAGGCUGCAGAUAUAUUAUUAGACGGGUUAAAUGAGCCCUCAGAUGGCCAGCUUGGAAGUCUGGGGGCUGGGAAAGGUAAGGGCUUGAGCCAUGGUGACCUGCCCAGUGUGCAGCGGAGACCCACAGAGAAAACUUUUUAUCUCCUUUGUGAGUUCAGGCUCAGUGGAGGAAGGCUUUCUUUCUUUAAUCGUUUCGUCUCUUAAUUUGGAAACAGAGUAACUAUGAGACGAAACUACAGACAUAGGCAGGGUAGACCUGCGCCCAGGGCAACUGAUAGGAUUAGGGGAAGGGGGCGAGGGAAGAGAACCAGACGCCCCACCAAAGGGACCCAGAUGUUCUAUGGUGCAGGAGUUAUAGCCUGCAAAAGAUGGUUAAUAUUUUUCCAAUUGUAGAGUUAAACCUAGAUUCCUGGAGCCAGGCACCUGAAGUCUAGCAGAGUGGAGCAGGCUGGCUAUCCUUGGGAAACAAACAAGGACUUAUACAUGAGGACGAAGAUCAUGAACAAAAUACACACAGAUCAAAGAGCGACAUUCCCGGGAAAAGGAGGGCAGAACACAGUGAGAGUUUAACUAAUGAAGUGCUAAGUGCCAGUUUCUAGCCUCAGAGGAACACAGAAGGCGGGUCAGCUACAGUAGCAGAGCAUGGUGACUUAGAUAAGUAAACUUUUUAUUAUUAUUAUACAGCAACCCUAAAUAUCUUGUAAGACAAAAUCUCACCCUUCGCGGACGCUCUUCCCCCUCUGCUACUUCAAGAAGAAUCAACAAGAAAGAAGACCCCCACUGGCACUGGCUCCCAGCAGUCACUCUUACUGGGCUGUGAAUUGUGAAGACGUUCGCUGUGCAGGACAGCGAUGAGCUGUAUAUUCGGCGCCUCACUGCUGCGCGCGAUGCCCAUGGUCGUCGCUAGAGGGCGCCACAGGCACCCUGCCAGAAGCAGCGCCAGGCUCUGGCCACAGGGUUCUGACGUCCGCAUCCUGGGCUGUCAUUCAUCCCCUGCCGGUCCCGCCUCCUCGCGGCUGCAGCAGGGCGCGGAGCGGAGACGCGUCCGGGCACCCGGUACCGACCAGCUUGAGCCAUGGCUUCGGUCCCUGCGGAGGCCGAGACCCGCCAGAGGCUGCUGCGCACCGUGAAGAAGGAGGUGAAGCAGAUCAUGGAGGAGGCUGUUACCCGAAAGUUCGUCCAUGAGGACAGCAGCCACAUCAUCUCCUUCUGCGCGGCCGUGGAGGCCUGCGUGCUGCAUGGACUGCGGCGGAGGGCGGCCGGCUUCCUGCGAAGCAACAAGAUCGCGGCGCUCUUCAUGAAGGUGGGCAAGGGCUUCCCUCCGGCCGAGGAGCUGAGCCGCAAGGUCCAGGAGCUGGAGCAACUCAUUGAGAGCGCGCGAAACCAGAUCCAGGGCCUGCAAGAGAACGUGCGGAAGCUGCCGAAGCUACCCAACCUGUCCCCGCUGGCCAUCAAGCACCUGUGGAUCCGCACCGCCCUGUUCGAGAGGGUCCUGGACAAAAUCGUCCACUACCUGGUAGAAAACAGCAGUAAAUAUUACGAGAAGGAGGCGCUCCUGAUGGACCCGGUGGACGGACCCAUCCUUGCAUCUUUGUUGGUGGGGCCGUGUGCCCUAGAGUAUACCAAGAUGAAGACUGCAGACCACUUCUGGACUGACCCCUCAGCCGACGAGCUGGUCCAGAGACACCGGAUCCACAGUUCGCAUCUGAGACAGGAUUCACCCACCAAGCGGCCGGCGCUCUGUAUCCAGAAGAGGCAUUCCAGCGGCAGCAUGGACGACCGACCAUCCAUAUCUGCCCGGGACUAUGUAGAAUCUCUGCACCAGAACUCCAGGGCCACCCUGCUCUACGGAAAGAACAAUGUUCUGGUUCAGCCAAGGGAUGACAUGGAAGCCGUGCCAGGAUACCUGUCUCUGCACCAGACAGCUGAUGUCAUGACCUUGAAGUGGACACCCAAUCAGCUGAUGAACGGGUCUGUGGGGGACCUGGACUACGAGAAGAGUGUCUACUGGGACUACGCUGUGACCAUCCGCUUAGAGGAGAUAGUUUACCUGCACUGCCACCAACAAGUGGACAGCGGCGGGACCGUCGUGCUGGUGAGCCAAGAUGGAAUCCAGAGGCCGCCCUUCCGCUUCCCCAAGGGCGGGCACCUGCUACAAUUCCUCUCCUGUCUGGAGAAUGGGCUGCUUCCGCAUGGGCAGCUGGACCCGCCGCUUUGGUCACAGCGAGGAAAGGGGAAGGUGUUUCCUAAGUUGCGCAAGCGGAGUCCACAGGGGUCCUCUGAGUCCACGUCUUCAGACAAAGAGGAUGAUGAAGCCACAGAUUACGUUUUCCGCAUCAUCUACCCCGGCACCCAGUCUGAGUUCGUUACCCUUGACCUCUUGGGCAGCCCCCGGCCCAUGUCCGUUGGCCCUGCCUGGAUGAUGCUAGCAGCUGGCCACUCUGUCCUGGUGGUGGCCAGGGGGCUCCAGUGGGCACAAACCAGAGGGUGCCAGACCGUCCCCACAAGGAGUGUGAAGGAGCAGCCCCCCAUGCCCCAGGACCUAAUGGACGUCUCUAUGAACAACCUUCCAUCCCUAUGGCAACCCAGUCCUCGGAAGUCCUCCUGCUCUUCCUGUUCACAAAGCGGCUCAGCUGACGGCAGCUCAACCAAUGGCUGUAACCACGAGAGGGCUCCACUGAAACUGCUCUGUGAUAACAUGAAGUACCAGAUCCUCUCCAGAGCCUUCUAUGGAUGGCUCGCCUACUGCAGACACCUGUCCACCGUGAGGACCCACCUGUCAGCCCUGGUCAAUCACAUGAUCGUGUCUCCAGACCUGCCCUGUGACGCUGGGCAAGGGUUGACGGCCAGCAUCUGGGAGCAGUACAUCCAGGACAGCACGACUUACCCGGAGCAGGAGCUGCUGCGGCUCAUCUACUAUGGAGGUGUCCAGCCUGAGAUCCGCAGGGCAGUGUGGCCCUUCCUCCUGGGCCACUACCAGUUUGGGAUGACAGAGAUGGAGAGGAAAGAGGUGGACGAGCAGAUCCACGCCUGCUACGCACAAACCAUGUCGGAGUGGCUGGGCUGUGAAGCCAUCGUGAGACAGAGGGAGCGGGAGUCCCACGCGGCUGCCCUGGCCAAGUGCUCUUCCGGAGCCAGCCUGGACAGCCACCUUCACCGGAUGCUGCACCGGGACUCUACCAUCAGCAAUGAGUCCUCCCAGAGCUGCAGCUCAGGCCGCCAGAACCUCCGACUGCAGAGCGAUUCCAGCAGCAGCACACAGGUAUUUGAGUCAGUGGAUGAGGUGGAACAGACAGAGGCAGAAGGCAGGUCAGAAGAAAAACACCCCAAGAUCCCCAAUGGGAACCCAGCAAACGGCACUUGCUCCCCAGACUCCGGACACCCUUCCUCCCACAACUUCUCCUCCGGCCUCUCAGAGCACUCAGAGCCCAGUCUUAGCACCGAAGACAGUGUCUUGGAUGUCCAGCGCAGCCUCCCCGCUGUGUUUCGGCCUGGGGACAGCAGUGUGGAAGACGGACAGAGCAGCGAGGCCACCACUUCCCGGGACGAGGCCCCCCGGGAGGAGCUGGCAGUACAAGACAGUCUUGAGAGUGACCUCCUUGCCAACGAGAGCUUGGAGGAGUUCAUGUCCAUCCCUGGCAGCCUGGACGUGGCCCUGCCCGAGAAGGAUGGCGCCAUGAUGGACGGCUGGCCUGGCGAGGCAGACAAGCACGGUCGGGCUGACAGCGAGGACAACCUCUCAGAGGAGCCAGAGAUGGAGAGUCUGUUCCCUGCCCUGGCUUCUCUGGCUGUGACCUCCUCUGCCAACAACGAGACGUCCCCUGUGUCCUCCAGUGGCGUCACCUACUCUCCAGAGCUACUGGACCUGUACACGGUGAACCUGCACCGCAUCGAGAAAGACGUGCAGAGGUGCGACCGCAGCUACUGGUACUUCACAGCCGCCAACCUGGAGAAGCUGAGGAACAUCAUGUGCAGCUACAUCUGGCAGCACAUCGAGAUUGGCUAUGUCCAGGGCAUGUGUGACCUCUUGGCUCCGCUGUUGGUCAUCCUGGAUGACGAGGCCCUAGCCUUCAGUUGCUUCACAGAACUCAUGAAGAGGAUGAACCAAAACUUCCCCCAUGGAGGCGCCAUGGACACACACUUCGCCAACAUGAGGUCUCUGAUCCAGAUCCUGGACUCUGAGCUCUUCGAGCUGAUGCAUCAGAACGGCGACUACACCCACUUCUACUUCUGCUAUCGCUGGUUCCUGCUAGAUUUCAAACGAGAACUGGUCUAUGAUGACGUCUUCUCCGUGUGGGAGACUAUCUGGGCGGCUAAGCACGUGUCCUCCGCCCACUACGUGCUGUUCAUCGCGCUGGCACUGGUGGAGGUCUACCGAGACAUCAUCCUGGAGAACAAUAUGGACUUCACCGACAUCAUCAAGUUCUUCAAUGAAAUGGCCGAGCGGCACAAUGCAAAGCAGAUUCUGCAGCUUGCCCGGGACCUCGUGCAUAAGGUGCAGAUUCUGAUUGAGAACAAGUGAAGAUCUGCUGUCGUCCGCCCCCUCCCUCCCUCCUGCAGCCCAGCACAAGGCCCUGGCGUCUGUGGACCAGCGUGGACCUCUGUGCAGAGAGCCAUGCUCUUAUCCUUGGCCACUGGGCAGUGAGUGGGGUAGAGAAGAACCCAUCUUGGCCUUACGUUUUUCCUGUUUGACCAAAGAGUGCCCAAGUCUGGGAUUUCCCCACUUCUUGGGAGUUGAGGUUGUGAGUGGGUAGAGGUGGCCUCUGGCUCUGUUCUUCCUUUCCUGUUUCUUCCUCAUCUGUACAGGAGAGGCCUUUGGGGUUUCCUCUGCACCCAGCAAGGAAGGACCUUUGGAGGUGUUCCAGAACCUUCCUGCCAGACUGGCUUGAAGCAGGCUGUCCCCAUAGGCAUUGCUCACAUUCAGAGUCCCAGGUGUUUUCAAGCGUCACCCCUGCCUUCAAGCCACCAGGUCUCAUCCCCCACCCCCAAUCUCCCGAGGUGACUCCGAUGCCCCCUUAUAGUUUGUGUGCCCCACCCAAGAACCUCUGGCUUGCAGGAGGGGCUACCAGCAUGUCUCUGUGUAUCCUCACUCGAGGCCUGUUCUGUCGUGCCCCUGGCAGAAGCUUCUGACUCAGCCCUGCCUGAGUCCCCGAUCUAACGAUCUAACUCCCUGUGUUUCCGACUUUUCUCUCUCCGCUGCCAAGAGACUCUCUUAAGAAAGGGCAUCUCUCUUAAGAAGGUGCCCUGGAGAUCCAGGAAGAGAUUGCAGGAGCUCCUGAUGAGAGCCCAACCCUUCCUGUCCCACCCCCCCGGGGAGACAUCCCCACCAUCACUGGUGGUCUGGGCUCAGAAGCCUUCGGACUUGGUAGGAGCCAUGCUCAGCAAGGUUGGGUUUUCUCUAAGCACUUUGUUCACUCAGGACAGAGGAGGGAUGAGCGAGGGGGUUGGCCCAUGGCAGGGUUUGUCUGUGUUCCUUGAUGGAGAGCUUGGAACCAGGGCUGGAUCUGAGGACAUUCCCUCCCCACCUUCACACCAAGACCUGCUUAUCCACACACUGACCCCCAUUGAGCUUUCGUACCUGCAUCCUGGGUGCAGCGGAAAUCAACACUCCUAGUCUAAACUUGUCCCCAGGAUCUGCAGCCUCUGGGACAAUCAAGAAAUGGCAGGGAGGAUUUUAUGAGGAGAUAUACAUGGCUUGAGGUAUCUUCAGGCUGGAGCCCCACUCUGUCCGCUUCCUGUGACCUCCCACUCCCACCCCCGCCCCACCUCCCGAAUCAGAUCCUCUGUCUCAUAUGCAGGGGGCAGGGUGGAUAGAGAGAGCCUUGUAAUCUCCAUGGAAGACUGAGGCUGCUUCGGCCCCACUUGUGCCCAGGGAGGUGGCCAAUGAGCACAGUCACCGGUGUAGAGUUCCAUGCGCCUUCCAGCUAGGUCCCCCAGCUUCCCAAGAUGGGGGAAGACAGGCCGUCAGAUAAAAGUUUAUUUUGCCGGUGCAGAAGGGGUAUUUUAGCACAGCCAGGUCCGGACCUCCUGACCCUUAUUUAUUUAUUUUUAUAACUGACCAGCGUGGAGUAUAGCACAAGAUUCCCCUCCGCCUCCCUCGUGCCUCCCGAGCGUGCGCUUGUGGUUCCGAGUGCCUCGUAUUUAUUCAAUUUACCAGCCGAUGACGUCUGUGUGCAGUGUUCCCUGGUGUCCUGGAGUUGGGCAUGGGGUGGGGGGAGCGGCUUCCUCCUGCCCAAGGAGUUCUCUUUUUAACGUUGCCCAAGUGUCUUGUAAAUGUUCUUUGCCAAGAUGACUAUUCAGAGCAAAUAUAUCUGAGCAGAAAAACAUAAGCAUGGGUCUAAUUAUUCGCUUGUUUAUGUUGUUUUGUUUUGUUUUGACGCACUGUGUAGCCCUGGCUAGCCCGGGACUUGCUCUAUAGACCAGAUUGGCCUUGAACUCAAGACAUUCCCCUGCCUCUGCCUCCCAAGUGCUGGGAUUAAAGAUGGGUGCCACCGUGCUCAGCAUUUGGGAAGCAGCUGGAGCGGUGGGGGAGAGGAGGCAAGGUUUCAUGUAGCCCAGGCUAGCCUUUAUAUCCAACAUAGGCAGCCUGAAGCUGACUUUGCACUCCUGAUCCUCCCAACUGCUGUGAUUAUAGGCAUGCCCCACCUCAGAUUUUUGGCUUGGGGAAGAAUCAGCGGAGCCCUUACCUUCCCUCAUCAGAGUGAUGGGAACAGUCACCUUCCCUCACCUUUCCCAUCUCUCCCAGGGAGGUCCCAGGAAAAGCAGGAAGGCUGCAGCAGGGCAGAGGGAGCAGAUGAUGUUUCUGACGUGGGCAAAUUCUCCUCUCUCUAGUCAGGUGACCAAGGAAGUUCUCCCCUCCCCUGGACCCAAGUAAGCAUCCCUCACAUUCAAGUCCCUCAGCAGCCAUGACGCUGGCCAUGUGUGCACAUACACAGUCAGAUACACAUGCACACCACACACACACUCAUACCACAUACACACAUAUACACACAACACACACACUCAUGCACACAUCUUACACACACUCAAGCACACCACACACUCAUCUACACACCUUAUACACACCACAUUCACACACAUGCACACCACACAUACUCAUACACCACACACACACAUUGCACACUCACCCCACACAUACACACUGCCCACUCACCCCACAAACAUACAUACCACACACACACACAUACACCACAUACAAACACAGCACACACACUCAUGCACGCCACACACUCACACACAUGUACACACCUUACACACACCACACUCACAACACAUCACACAUGUACACACCACAUACACACUUAUACACCACAUACAUUCACAGACACCACACACACACUGCACACUCACCCCACACACACGCACACCAUACACACGCACACCAUACACACGCACACCAUACACACGCACACACACACACACACACACACACACACCCCAACCAAAUGUGCUUAAAACAACUCACUUUUAAAACUCCAAAAAGAAAGCCAGAUCCGUCAGCAUGGGCAGCAGAAAGCUUUAUGAAUGACUAGUUCAUGAAAUAUUCUCUCAGUAGAGACUUGGAGCUGCAGCAUCCAUGAGCUCCUUCCUCUGUUAGCGUGUUAACCAGCCUCCCCUGUGUUAGCCAGCCUCCCCUGUGUGUUAGCCAGUCUACCCUGUGUUAGCUAAUCUUUCCUGUGUGUUAGCCAGCCUCCCCUGUGUUAGCCAGCCUCCCCUGUGUUAGCCAGUCUCCCCUGUGUUAGCUAAUCUUCCCUGUGUGUUAGCCAGCUCUCUCUGCUGUAACUGACACCUGAAGUGAUCUGAUCCUAGGAUACUCUGUCUGGGUUUGUGUCUAGGAAGCCUCAGUCCAUGGUGGGUGGACAUGCUGCUCUUAGGCCUUAGAUUGGGAAGAACACAUGAUGACUGAAGCUUACUGUAGAGCAAAACCACUCACCUCACAACCACAGGGCGGGGUCCCACAUUCCCCUAGUGAUCUAAAGACCUCCCUCUAGGCCCUACCUGUAAAAGGCUCAUCUGCUGACAAAGCUGGGACACUGAAGAUUCAAUCAAGGGGGUGUGGUGAUUUGUAUAUGCUCAGCCCACGGAGUGGCACUAUUAAGAGUUGUGGUCCUGUUGGAGUAGGUGUGACCCUGUUGGAGUAGGUGUGACCCUGUUGGAGUAGGUGUGACCCUGUUAGAGUGGGUGUGACCCUGUUAGAGUGGGUGUGGCUUUGUUGGGGAGGUGUGGCCUUGUUGGGGGUGUGGCCUUGUUGGAGGAGGUGUGGCCUUGUUGGGGCUUGUUGGGGAGUGUGGCCUUGUUGGAGGAGGUGUGGCCUUGUUGGAGGAGGUGUGUCACUGUAGGUAUGGGUUUAAACAACCUCAACCUAACAACCUCCAGAUGAAGAUGUAGAACUCUCAGCAUCUCCUGCACCAUGCCUGCCUGGAUGCUGCCAUGUUCCUACCUCGAUGAUAAUGGACUGAACCUCUGAACCUGUAAGCCGGCCCCAAUUAAAUGUUGUUCUUUAUAAGA